AUGCUUACCUGUUUUGCUGCUGCAUCCGAAAAAAGGCAUGAGGAAACAAAAGCAACAAUUAGAGAGCAAAAAACUAUGAUGAGGGAACAACAAACUCUACUCAGAAAUCAACAAGCUUCCAUUUUGAGCAUUGAAAAACAACUUGGGCAACUAGCUAAGCAAAUGAAUGAAAGAUCACUAGGAGGACUUCCAGGAAAUACUGAACAAAAUCUGAAGGGAGAUCACAUCCAAACUGUAACGACAAGAAGUGGGGAAAUCAUUACAUAUCUGACUCCUAUUAACAAAAACAACUCGGAUGUGGAGCAGGAAGUUCGAGAAGAAAGACAAAGAAAAGAAACUGAGCAGUCACUACGACGUGGUUCUGAUGCCACGAUGUGGCAAGAUUCUGAAAAGAAACAUUCUGAACCCGUUAAGCCAUACUACCCACCAUUGCCCUUCCCAAGUAGAGCAAUCCAAGAAAAGAACGCAGAAGACCACCAAAAGUUCUUAGAUCAUAUCAAGUCCCUUGAAAUCAAUAUUCCAUUCCUUGAAGCCUUGGAUGAAAUGCCAAAAUAUGCUAAGUUUCUCAAAGACAUGUUAACAAACCGCAAGAAAAUGGAGGGAUUAUCUAAGGUGAUACUGAAUGAAACUUGCUCCGCUGCAAUGCUAAACAUGCUACCAAAGAAGAUGGGUGAUCCAGGAAGCAUAACUUUACCGUGCCAAUUAGGGAACAUAACCACUAGUCAUGCUCUAGUCGACUUGGGAGCAAGUGUUAAUUUGAUGCCUUAUUUGUUUUUCAAAAAGCUUGAUCUCCCUAAACCAAGACCGGUCCGAAUGGUCAUCCAUUUAGCUAACAAGACUAUGACCUUUCCAAGAGAUUUUAUUGUAUUAGACAUGGAGGAAGAUGAACAAGUCCCAAUCAUCCUUGGAAGGAUAAAUGAUGACAUGGCUUUUUCAAUUGAUGAUGUACUUGAAAAAGAGCUAAGAGGGUGGAAAGAAAAAGAGACCGAGGGAUAUAUGGUGCUAGGAGACGGUGAUUUUGAUGCCGAAAUUGAUAUAAAAGAAUUGGUGAAAUUAUUGGAAGAAAGUGAGUACUGUGAAGUGAAGAAAGAGGCAGAAGAAGCAACAUGA